GACUCGUGGAGCUGGAUGCCAGUGCUGCACGAGCUCUGGACAGUGAUUCACCAUGGGCCAUCCACCAAGCGGUGAAAAUGAAAUGGAGGAGUUCUUCGAGGACAGCGAGAUAUUCGUGACGGGCGGAUCGGGAGUGGUGGGCAAGGCGCUGAUCGAGAAGCUCCUGCGCUCCUGCAACGUCCGCCGCAUCUACGUCCUGUUGCGCCCUCGCAGACAGCUGACAGCGGAGCAGAGACUGGUCCGCCUGCGGCAGGCCACUGUCUUCCACGUGGUGGCCGCUGAGAAGCCGCAGGAGCUGGACAAGAUCGUGGUGGUCCCGGGCGACGUCUGCUUGCCGGGACUGGGCAUCGAUCCAUCGAUGAUGCAGCGCAUGAGGGGUGUGUCCCUGUUCUACCACUGUGCCGCCACGGUGCGCUUCGAUGAGCCGCUCCGCGAGGCCCUGCGCCUGAAUGUCGGAGGCACCUUGGAGGCGCUCAAGUUCGCCGAGACUCUGCCCCAGCUGAGGUCCUUCGUCCACGUUUCCACGUUCUACAGCAAUCCCUAUUUGAAGCGGGUGGAGCCCAAGUACUACUCCUCGCCGAUGGACUGGCGGUUGUGCCUCCGACUGAUCGACGACAUGCCGGACGACUCGGUGCUCAACGCUUUAACAAGAAAGUUGAUCGUGGGUUUUCCCAACACGUACACGUUCACCAAAAACCUGGCCGAAUCCCUGGUGAAUGACUACCGCCAUCGGCUGCCAGUAAUAGUGUAUCGUCCUUCCAUAGUUCUCUAUGCCAUAGAAGAGCCGUCGCCCGGAUUCGCGCCAUCCUUGACGGGAGCCAUGGGACUGUUCGCGCUGGUGGGCACCGGAAUCCUCAAGACUGUUUACCUGGGCAAGGACAUUCGACUGGACUUCACGCCGCAGGACAUCGGCAUCAAGAGCAUGCUGUGCUACACCAAGUGGGGGUACGAUAUUUACAGGCAAGGACCGCCGGCCGAGCUGCCAGUUUACCUGUUCUCAUCGUGGACCCACGUGCCGGACACCUUCAACCAGAUUGCCGAGCAGAUGGACACGCUGAACUUGUGGCGGAACGCGGCAUUUGAAAAGAACCUGAUGAUCCCGGGCUGCCACUACACGGACAAGCGGUGGGCCUACCAGUUUCUCGUCUUCACCAAGCAGAUCCUGCCGGCCCUCAUCCUCGACCUCCUCCUGAGGAUCUUCGGUCAGAAGCCCGUGCUGAUGAGCACGGUUCGCAAGGCCUACCAAACGCUGGAGGUGAUGCAGCCUUUCAUGUUCAACAACUGGGACAGUCCCGGGGUUACGAACCUAGAGGAGCUCUUCAUGAUACGCGCAGGAUCCAUAUUCAGCCUGAGUGCCUUCAACCAUCCGGACAUCCAUGUCCUGGUGAUCCAAUCCUGCAGGCACAUGCUCCUCAGCAUCCGAACGCAUUUGCUUCGCGAGGAUCCGAAAACUCUGAGGCGUUCCAACAUUAUCUUAAGGAUCAAGGUGAUCCUCUACCAGCUGUUUCGCCUCUUCCUCCUCUACAAACUCAUCCUCUGGAUCUGGAGAAGCUAUCUGGCGCAUCGUUUCUAAACUAACAUAGUAGUUUAAUGGUACCGUUUUUUUUUUAACUUAAGCACAGUUGAAUUUUACGUCAGCUCAAAUAUAUCGAACGCCAUUACGUUCUAACCGGUCA